CUAGCACCUUCGCCACGUCCACGUCCACCCCCUUCCCCCCUUAACUUACCCUUUCCGCCACCCACCAAAGCCUCCUCCACCCCCGGGCACUGUCGUAUUGGUCAAAGCGUUCACCGAAUUUCUUCUCUUUCCCAGUCAGCUUAAAUAUAGUUGCAUUUCGGAGCCGGCCAUUCAUUGGAAUACGCCAAGCCCUGCUAAUACAAAUCCCUUCACCAACAGAACACACCCAAAAACCAAACCAGUUCCGCACCCCCCACACAAAAACCCCACCCCACGAAAAUGAAAAAACUCUUUCGCGGAUCCAAGGGAAGGACCCAACCGGAAGACGAAGAUCAAAACCGUGAUGCUCUCUUCGGCAGUCGGACAGCAGCAGCCCCUCCUCCUCCCGGCGACGGAUAUGGGACCAAUUCCAACCCCUACGCUCCUGAACGCGGUGGGGGUAGAAAUGGCUACGGAGCCCCUCAGGGUGGAUACGGUCGCAGUAAUAAUGAGAUAGGAAACCGCGGGGGAUAUGGAGGUGCAUCGAACCCCUACGCUCUUCACAAUGGUGGAGAUAACGGUGGACACAAUUCGUCCGGUGAGCCCGAUCGUGCGCAGCUCUUCGGGGCAAGGCAGCAAAAGCACGACUACUCCUACACAGCGCACGCCAACGAACCUAGUGCUAGAGAUGACGAUGAGGAUACCGAGUUGGUGAAGCAGGAGAUCAAGGAUACGAAUCGCAAGACUGCUGGAUUGACCGAGAGUGCCCUCGCCGCUGCCCGAAGGGCUGAAGCAAGCGGCGUUGCUACUAUUGAACGUCUUGGUAUGCAGGGUGAACGUUUAUCCAAUACUGAAAAGAAUCUCGACGUUGCGUCAGUUCAGAAUCGUAUUGCCGAGGAUAAAGCCCGCGAGCUCAAGCAGUAUAACAGAUCUAUGUUUGUCCCGGCUAUGGGCAACCCACUUCGCUCCUCGGCUCGUGCCAAGGAGGAGGAAGCUAGGGUCCUUGCACACCAUCAAAACGACAGAGAGGAAAGGGAGAGAACAAGGGAGUUUGGCUACGAAGGCAGGAAUACUGUUGGGAGGGCUCUAAAUGAUGCUACUAGACGUGUUGAAAGUAAAGCCACGACUGGUUUAGCCGAGAGGUCGAGGUAUCAGUUCGAGGCAGAUGAGAGCGAUGAUGAAAAAGAGAAAGUGAUUGCCAAUAACUUGGAUGAGCUGGGAGCCAUCACAGGUCGUUUGAAAGGGUUGGCCAUGGCCACCAGUGCAGAGGUCGAUCGGCAGAACGUGCAGAUCGAGAGGAUUAUGAAGAAGAGUGAUCGUGUCGAUGACCAAAUCGCUAUCAACCACAAUAGGAUCCGCAAGAUCCAUUAGAAAGGGGAUAUUUGGGAUAGCUUGGAGAGCUGGGCUGGUCGGAUUUCUAUUUUCUCUCGUUUUAGGGCCAAAGUUUUUGAGAUUCUUGAGAACACAUUUUACCUAGAUAUUGCUUAAAA